AUGCAACAUAAAAGAAUCAUGAACAUCAAUAAUAAUAGUAAUAGUAGUAAUAGUAAUAUGAGUGGAAUAAGGAAUAGUAAUAACAACAACAACAAUUCUACAAAGAAUAAUAAUAAUCAUGAAGAAGAAAAGGAAAAGGAUAGACAUGAAAGAAUUAUAUUUGGAGUUGAAGAAGUAUUGGGAAGAGAUCCAAGAGACAACAUCUUUAUCAUCAUCUUUCUAGACAACUUUACAAAAUAUGUUUGGUCGUUGUUCUUGAAAUCUCUCGAUGAAAAACUAAUAACAUCGGCCAUGUCUGUCAUCCACCGAAAAUUAAAGCCAAAAAAAACUAUUAAUUUUACUGCUGAUAAUGUUAGAUUUGAUGAAUCUGGUGAAGUUAAGGAAUUUAUAAGAUCCAAAGAAUGUACACUGACAGAAUGUAAAAAUAGGUAUACUGGAACAAUACACCAAUUUUAUGUCAAAAAUAUCAUGGAUCAUAAUAAUAAUAAUAGUGACCCAUCGAUACCUGGUGCUUUACUAAGCUCAUCAACGAUCAUGGGUAGAAUAGCGUCGUACAAUGAUACUAGACAUAAUGAAACUUUGUUUUCUCCCAAAGAGGCUGAGGAAAGUGAGACCAAUAGAGUUCAUAUUUUGGAUCAAUUGGAAUUGGAUCUAGAGGCCAAUACGGCCAAACCUGAUAGUAUCUAUAGAGGUGGUCCUAUUCGUAUCUAUAAACCUUCUAGUUCUUCCCAAAUAUCCACCACUCCACCAUUAUCAAUGUCGCAACCGCAAACACAUCCUCAACCUCAACCACUACCACCACCUCAACAACCAACGCAUCAACAUCAUAGCCAACAACACCAACAACACAGUCAACAACACCAACAACAUAAUCAACACCAACAACAAAUCUUGCAACAACACCAACACCAACACGCGCAAUACCAACAACAACAACAACAACUUCAACAACAACAACAAUUGCAACAACAACAAAUGAACUAUCAUCAAGCAAUUGCUCAACAAUACGCAUCUUUAAAUAGUAUGCCUUCUCUUGCUUUAUAUUCUUCAUCAUCUUCAUCAUCAUCUCAUAAACCACCUCUUAUGGUUCAAGUUCAACAACCUUCUUCAUCCUCUUCUUCUUCCUCUCAAAAAUCAUCAUCCUCAUCAACAAGUCCAACAACUCAACAUUUCCAUCACCAUCAUCAUUCACCAUCAUCAUCCCCAUCAACUCUACAAGGAAUGAAUUCCAAUACCACUAAUACUACCACAACCAAUAUCAGUUCAACUCCACCAUUUCAUUCUGGAGCAGUACCACAUUACAAACCCAACCAACGUCCAUAUCAACAACAACAAGGUUCAUCACAAUCAAUAUCAAUUCCAACACGUAUGCCUCCAAUAGCCAUACCACAACCACCAUCAUCUCCACUUAUAUCGUCAUCACCCCAAUCGUCAUCACCACGUCAAUACGGCUACAACCGUAAUUCCGUCAGUCUAGAAGAUGAAGAUGAAAUUUGCACUACAUCAGAAGAGGAAGAUGAAGACACUUCGUCAUCGACAAAAAAUUCAAGUUCCUAUGAAAGAGUUACAAGUUGUCGAUUGAUUAGUUGUGCACUUUGUCAUAAAGGUUUACCACCCAUUCUUCGUGAAAAAUUGACAAAAGAUGUUGAAUUGAGAACAUUUGAAAUAUUAUUAGUUGUAUUCUAUGUAUUACAAAUUAACAAUAAGAAUGUAUAUGUUUCAAGAAAGGAACUUGAUCCAAUCAUUGAAUAUCAUUGGUCAAUGUUUAGUCCAAAAAAACAAUAUGACCAAAGAAUAAAAAAGGCAUUGGUAUCAUUGAUUAAUCGUCAAGUAGAAGUAUUUGUUAGAAGACCAAAAGAGGAAGGUGUAUCGAUUGCAUGGAAAUUAAAUGAAAGUCUUGGACUUGGUGAUUUAUAUGAUUCAUCGGAUAAAUCAAUUGAACCUGUUAUUGCUAGGUUCUCUAACCCACUUAAAAGAGUGUCUACUCCAACAACUGUAAGACCAUCAAAACCAAGGGGUAAAUUCAAACCUUGUGGUAUCGUCAAUAACUGUAUACUUUGUAGUGAAGGUAUUCCAUUUGAAUCAAGUUUGAAAAAUACUGAAUUGGUUUAUAUUACAGCAACAUGUCUAUUUACUCUUACCAAGAAAACAAAAAAUCAUCCACCAUCUGCCAACUUUGUUGUUCAUAAUGGAAUCAAAUUAUUCCAGUUGGAUCUUUUAGAGACCAUUGUAAACAAACACCAUAAAUUUUAUUCUAAAACACAAAUUUCAAGAAUGGAUUUAAUGUAUAUAUUACUUCAACAAACUCAACUUUUCCAACAAAUAGAAUCAGCUGAUAUUCGGUAUUGGGGAGUUGUUGAUAUUAUUCCAGAUCCCUAUGAAGAUUUUGGAGAGUUUGUAAUUGCAUUUAAUAAGAAUUGUAUAACUGUCGAAUCACCAAUUCUUACCAAUCCAACCACAACCACAACCACAACGCCACCAGCCGCCAACACACCACCAGGCACUGCAUCACCAUCCUCUCUUCUUGCACUCCAUACUGCCGCCAUUUCAAGUGCCAACCUCUCAACUAGUGACGAUACCAUGAAUGACAACCAUUCAAGUUCAGAUGAACCUCCCGCCGUCGCCACUACAGACAAGAGAAAGAGAGAUACAGAGACACCGCCACCACAACCACCACAACCACCACAACCACCAUCCACUACAUCCACAACUACUACCACCUCCACAUCUCUUCCAUCCUCUUCAACUACAUCCAGUGAUAUAGGAGAAGAAGAAGAUGAAGAUGAAGAAGUAAGCAACAGCAACAACAAUAAUAAUAAUAAUAUAGACGAAGAAAAGGAAACCGAGUCCGUUACCACUACUACCACUACAACAACAACAUCAGAAACGCCACCAAAAAGAAAAAAGACUCAACCCUUUUCGUCGACCAUCGACCAAUCCGAUAAAUCGAAACGUUCAUGGAACCAACCACAACACUCCAAAAGGAUUCCUUCAUCUGCUCCAAAACGUUAUUCACCAUCUCAAUCUAGAUAA